AGCCUGUGUGGAGCGGCAGCAUCACCGGGAUACAGGACCCUCCUCCCUCCUCUCUCCUCCCGGGAAGCUGGAGGAGCAUCUUCUCCCUCUGACGUCAUGACAGCGGCAUCAGCUGUUAGCUCUGCUUUAAGCCUUUUCGCUGCCGAUCGCUGCCUGCACAAAGGAAAUAUAUGAGAUCCCCUCCAAUUCCUGAAAUGGCGACACAGGAGGUACAGCUGAGCGAGACUCUGGCCCAUCUCAAGACGGAAUCGGACACGCUGAAGGGGAAGCUGGAGGAGGAAAGAGCGAAGCUGCACGAUGUCGAGCUACACCAGGUGGCAGAGAAGGUGGAGGGACUUGGUCAGUUUGUCAUGAAGACCCGAAGAACUCUGAAGGGACACGGCAACAAAGUUCUGUGUAUGGACUGGUGCAAGGACAAGAGGAGGAUCGUCAGCUCCUCACAGGAUGGAAAAGUGAUCGUAUGGGAUGCUUUCACCACCAACAAGGAGCACGCUGUGACAAUGCCUUGCACCUGGGUGAUGGCCUGCGCCUAUGCUCCCUCUGGGUGCGCUGUAGCCUGUGGGGGCCUGGACAACAAAUGCUCUGUGUAUCCUCUGUCCCUGGACAAGAAUGAGAACUUGGCUGCGAAGAAGAAGUCAGUGGCCAUGCACACAAACUACCUGUCUGCCUGUAGCUUCACCAACUCGGACAUGCAGAUCCUGACGUCCAGCGGGGAUGGUACAUGUGCAUUAUGGGAUGUUGAGAGUGGGCAGCUGUUGCAGAGUUUCCAUGGACACGCGGCAGACGUGCUCUGUCUGGACCUGGCCCCCUCCGAGACCGGAAACACAUUUGUUUCAGGGGGUUGUGAUAAGAAGGCCAAUGUGUGGGACAUGCGUUCAGGACAGUGCAUUCAAUCCUUUGAAACUCAUGAAUCAGACAUAAAUAGUGUGCGAUACUAUCCCAGUGGAGACGCAUUUGCAUCUGGCUCAGAUGAUGCUACAUGCCGCCUGUAUGACUUAAGGGCAGACAGAGAAGUGGCUAUUUAUUCCAAGGAGAGCAUCAUAUUUGGGGUCUCCAGUGUUGAUUUCUCGCUCAGUGGCCGGCUACUGUUUGGUGGCUACAACGACUACACCAUAAAUGUUUGGGAUGUACUCAAAGGAACACGGGUGUCUAUUCUGUUUGGACACGAGAACCGUGUCAGUACACUGCGAGUUUCCCCAGAUGGGACGGCCUUCUGCACGGGCUCCUGGGACCACACCCUCCGGACCUGGGCUUAAGGAUGAAGACACAGAGGAUUAAAUGGUACACAGCCCCACUGAAGACACACCAAUGUUUCUGUUUUCUGCUAGAGUACAAUCACAGAGAGAGAGACUCCAUCUUGGUUGUACAUAGAGCAUAUUAAUAGCGUUGUAUAUACUCCAGUCUCAUGGCCAUGGCAGAUUUACAUAUUUCAGAGAGUAAUUAAACCAAAUGGCACGCUUGUAUUAGAGUAUGAGCGAAAGAAAAUUGCAAAGAAGCAGUUAUGGUUACAACUCGAGACGUAAAAUGUAUAUUGCAGAAAAUAUAAUUGGUAGUGACUAUAGCAUUAGUCUAGGAUAGAAGUGACACAAUAAAGUGAUGUAUUGUAUGUGCCCACAAUUACUUACUUAUAUUAUUUGUUUUUUGCACAAAAAAAUGGAAUGCAGUCUGUAUAUGGGACACAAGAAUGGGACACAAGGAAACAAAAUACAUCUGCAGGAGAAGCAGUGAGGGUUGUAUGAAGGCCUCAGAGCUUCACUCGAUAUUUGGCUUCUGUGUAGAUGAUCGAUGCUAGGGAGGAUGACUAGAUUGGCUCAUAGAAACGAAUCAAUAUUCAUUUGUAAUUAAAAAAUUACAUAUGAAUGAGAUUUGGCAAAGAUAUUAGGACCAAAUAUACAAAUUUGAAGUUUAUUAAAAACGGUAAUGGACGAAUUCACAUAUUAUUAACUCCACAACUUCUCCUUUCUGUACAGUAACUCAUGUGCCAAUAUUAAUUUAUUGUGAGAAAGCACAUUUUAAGGUAAAGAUGUUUUUAUUUCCAUCCCAUGUGACCUUAAAAUAUGGUCGACCUUUUCCUGCUGUUGAAGCAACUAACUGCUCAAUGUGCACAUUCAAUACCCUGAACCUGUGGUCCCCCAGUAGACAUCUAAAAAUAUACAUAUAUAUAUAUAUAUAUACCUUUUCAUGCUGUCCAAUGGCUGUAAUUUCAUAUUUACUGUAAUUAUUUUACUGUAGUUUAGUGUACAGUUAUACAAGGGACUGUUUAUCAAAAUAUUACGAAACAUAAUAAACUGAGUUUUGAAUAUCA